GUGACUGGCGGGCACUUUGAGCCUUUUGCCCCAGGGCUUCCCGAACUGAGAUCGUUCGGACUUUGGACCCGGAAUCGCAUACAGGUUAUCGCCCGCGAACUGCAUCUGUUCAUCGCCUACAUAUAGCUUCCGUCCCGAACGCUCUCGGUAUUCCCGGUGCUCGAGUACUGUCCAAAAAGGGUGUCUCGUCGUAGGCUUUUUCAGUGCGAAGCUUUAUGUUCGUGCAAGAGUAGUGUCCUUGGCGAUCGACUACUGUGACAGCUGUAAACAGGCCGGAAAGCGAAAAUAAGUCGAGGAGGGGAACUGUGUAGAUUGGGCGACGACAGAAGACACCUUCCUCGUUACUCAAGAUGAGUGCCAUCCACUGCUUCUUCUGCGGCGGCAAAGACUGCAAGUGGGAAAACUGGAAACCCUGGGCGGAGAAGACAAAGACCAACGCCGUGGAUGGGCUGUAUUCUAACUGGAUCACAGGCCGUAUCCUAGCAAUGCAACGACCAUCCUCGCGCUUGAUAGCCGAGUACGCAUUGACGCAGAAGUUUCAGGAGCUUGGGAUAGCUUCCAUCUUCAAUCUGGAGGAGUUUGGCGAACACGCGUCGUGUGGUGAUGGGAUUGAGGUUGCGAGCGGGUUUUCGUAUCUGCCCGAGGCAUGGAUGGAUGCGGGAGGUACAUACAUCUCAUCAUUUGCGAGAGUUGUCUCUGGAAUAGAGGCUGAAGUGCCAAUGAUUCGAUUCCCAACAGUCUUCUACUAUAACUUUGGCUGGCAAGACAUGAACGUCCCAGACUUCAGUCAUAUGCUAAGCAUAGCCCAAGUAAUGGCGCACGCUCUUGAAGAAGGACAAAAGAUUGCGGUUCACUGUCACGCUGGGCUAGGUCGAACGGGGCUGGCGAUUGCGUGCUACCUGGUGUACGGAGAGAACAUGGAUAGCAACACGGCGAUAGAGCUGGUCCGCACCCAAAGACCGCUGUCCGUGCAAACACGGAAACAAGCCCUGUUCGUGCAUCAGUUCGAAGAGUACGUCAAGCCCUUCAAAGUCUACUUCCCAGGAAUAUGCUCACGAAGCCCGACCGAGUACUCAUCCGUCGACCUGCUGACACUGGAAAUGGUCCUGCAAAACCAACGACGGUACUUCCAUGGGAGUCAGCAGCGCGUCAUGCGGUUCGUUCCCAAGAUUGUGAAAACAAUCGUAGAUCGCUUGACCACACCGCCUUCCGACUCUGCAGAUCCGGCGCAAAGAGAGGAGUUCGGCGCUCGCAUUGCGGCUGCGAUUGCGGGGUAUGAAGGUGUUGCGAGCGUUACGGAGCCGUUGAUCAGCCUACUGGCAGAGGUGAAUGCAGGACAUUGGGAUGUCAUCACGAAGCAUAAUGAUGAUGUGCUGUUAGUCCAGUUGUUGUUGUACUGGGUCACAUCUUUGAAGGAUCCACUGAUUCCCAACGACCUUGUCGCCGCCAUUCAAACGCUAAGCAAUCCACAAGACAUCCUAGCGCUCUUCGACAAAAGCCUCCUUGCAACCAUCAGCUACCUCCUCAAACCACUCCGACAGCCCACCCUCCCAUCAACCCUCAUAACCACCUCCCUCCAAACCCUCGCCACCCUCACCACCGCCCACCGCACAACAAUCAAACGCCCCUACCGCCCGCAACUUCUCUACAGCAACGGUGUCACACCACCUCUCCCUGUUGUACAACCGCAGUGGAGGGCGUGGGCGCCGCAUAGUAGGAGUAAUUCGACGAAGGCUGAUGGUGCGCGUGCGAGGAGUAGUUCGAGGGGCAGAGAUGAGAGUCCGACGCCGAGGACGCCGAAAAUGGGAACAGCGGGGGUGCUGGGAUCACAAACUCCUGAGACGGGACGUGCUUCCCCGGUCCCGACAACGACGAGUCCCACCGAAGCCCCCCCGACAACAACAAUAACAACAGACGAAAUCCCUCUCAUCGUCACCGUCCUUCACUACAUGCUCCAAAACCCCACCACCGACCCAACAUCACCCAUCAACCGCACAACCAAACCCGACGACGAACCUGAACCCACCAUCGAACUCGCAAAACGCGGUUUCUCAACCCUCUCCCAACUAAGUCUCUCCGCCAUCCCCAACCCCUCAAAAACAGCAUCCAUCAUCUUCCCCGACACCCCACCGCCACCCCUGCCCUUCCGCCCGCCUACCACCCCCUCCGAACCCCUCCCCUCGACCCCUUCCCACCCAACAACCUACUGGGCCUGCAUCCUCGUCCUCCUCGACACCCUCAUCGACGCACACCUCUUUACGCCCGAACAGGGGAGUGAGUUACGAAAACUCGCAAUGCUGAAAAGUGAUGCUUUGGAGAUUGCGUAUGAGGCUUAUGGGAGGGGGGAUGAGGUGGGAGGUGAGAGAGAUGGCGGGCAGGAGUUGGGGGAACGGUAUGGACGGUUUGUGAGGGCUGUGGGGGCGUUGCGGGGGAUUGCGGGUGAGGGGUGAGGGGUGAGGAAAGCCGGAC